CUCGGCAGGGUGUUACAGCAUCAGGAAGCCCAACUACCCAAGGAUAGCUUGCGAGUGCGAGUGGUAAUGGAUGAUUGAAAGGAGUUUGUACAAGUCUUCUGCAAUUAAGCUAGAGCCAGCUUGAGGAAUUAGAAAUCAUUGACAGAGUAAUUUUACGAUUAGGAUUAGCAUAUCAGGCUAAACGAGAGGAAACCAAUAAUUUAUGUCAGUGUUCUUAGCCCUUGUUCAUACAAUUUCUCCACCACACUGAUAUGUUCCUUUGUGGAUUCCAUUACUGGAUGUGAAGAAGAAGUGGGAGAUAGCAGGUGGUGGUCGGCACUAGUAAAGAAAGAGAAGUUGGAUAUGGGCUUAAUUUGGAUGCGAGAUCGAGAGCGAAAAAACUAAAGGUGUUUGCAUUUGAGUAACAAUUACAGUUUAAAUAUAAAUAAAGGUAUAAUUGUCAAUUUCAUUAAAAAAUCGUUGGAACUUAACCAUGAAACCACUUGAACUUUGUCCUCGAGGCACCUCAAAAUCCUGAUAACAAUGGUGGGAACGACUAGUUUUGUUAAAAAAUUGGGGAUUUCAGUUAUGAAAGUCUCAGAAAGCAAAUCUUCAAGUUGGUGGUAUAACCAUCACAUGCGUGCUGCAUCUCGUGCCAUUUUAGAGCGAAUCCCACUUGUCGAUCUUGUCCUUGAAGUUAGAGACGCUAGGAUUCCAAUGUCCUCAGAGUAUGCGCAAUUGAGAAAGUUUCCAUCUUCCUCAAAGAACAUUAUCGUACUGAACAAAAUGGAUCUUGCAAGUCACUCAAAAACUAAGGAAUGGAUGGAAUACUUUAAGGAGCUAAAUUACAUACCUUAUGCUAUAAAUUCUCAUAACAAGGACAAUAUCAAAGAGUUUCUAAACUUUUUACAAGCAAGAAUUAGAGACAUAAGAAGGAGUACAGAUUCUAGUAACACUCAAACAACUACAAUAAUGCUUGUUGGUAUUCCAAAUGUUGGGAAAUCGGCUUUUGCAAAUUCCUUACACCAGAUAGGAAGAAUUAGUGCCACAGAAAAAGGGAAGUUAAAACAUGCCACUGUGAGUCCACAUCCUGGAGAGACAAAAAAUAUCACAAGUUUCAAGAUUGCUAGCAAUCCCAAUAUCUAUAUCUUGGACACCCCUGGGAUUUUGCCUCCUGAGAUUCUUGAUGCUGAAAUCUCUUCUAAAUUAGCUUUAACUGGAGCUCUUAUUGACUCUGUGGUUGACCAAUCAAUGCUUGCUCAUUACUUCCUCUCAAUAUUAAACUUUAGUGAUGAAUAUAAAAAGUGGAAGAAUAUUUCCACUAUGGAUAAAAAAGAGAAUCAAAUUAUAAACGAUGAUCAUACACAGGAUUGUGUGGUGCAAUCUGUUCGUGGAGCUUUAUUUCAAGAGAUUGCAUCUUUCAAAGGUAAAAUGAAAGAUGAGAAGGAUAUGAUACAACUCAUUGAAGCACAAUUUACAACACUUAGAAAAGCUUUCAAUGUGAGUUUAGAUUCGUUUGAAGAUGCUAAUAGCAUAGUUGCCACUAAGCUUAUUAAUUUGUAUCGAACGGGGAGACUUGGUCAUUAUACUUUAGAUACACUUCCAAGGACUUGUGAAUAGUAAUUUAUAUAGAAGAUUUGAUUAGACUUUAUAGUUA